AUGGUCCAGGAUCACCCGCUGUCGCUACAGCGGUCCAGCAGUUUCAAGGAUUUUGCCAAAUCCAAACCCAGUUCCCCGCUGGCGGUCAACAAGGCAUUCAGCCUCGAAGAGGAAGAGGUUCUUAAAGACAACGAGUCCAACUCACCACCGAGCCCAGAUGAUGUGGGGCGCUCAAAGUUGGGCAAGAAAUGGAGAUCCGUCAUUACCCGCACCAUGAACCGGAAGACGGGCAAGGCAGUGGCUAAAGCAUUGGCAGAUCAGGGACACGAUGAAUCGGACACUCCUACGUCUCCAGCCAACAGUCUUGUUGAAGAAGACCUUCCCACCUUUCCGGUUACAAACCAGGAGACUAACAGCCCCAGUGCCUCCAACGAAAGGGAAUUGUUCAGUCCCAUGUCAUGCAGCCUCGGCAGCAAGGAAGAGGCCAUCUCGACCCCAUACAACGGGCCCUUCUGUGGAAAAGCCAAGGUUCACACAGAUUUUAUUCCCAGCCCCUAUGAUAAGGACUCUCUGAAACUUCAGAAAGGGGACAUCAUCCACAUCAUUUCAAAACCUCCCGUCGGCACCUGGACCGGCCUUCUGAACGAGAAAGUGGGCUCCUUCAAAUUUAUCUAUGUCAGCAUCAUCCCUGAAGAGACCGUCUCGGUUGCAAAGACUUAUUCGCGGCAUAGGAGCAAAAGGCCGAAGCCCAAAAGCUUGCAAGAGCUACUGCAACGGAUGAACCUUGAGGAGCACACCUCUACACUGUUACUAAAUGGUUACCAGACCGUGGAGGACUUCAAGGAACUGCAAGAGAACCACCUGAAUGAAUUGAACAUCACUGACCCACAGCAUCGCACCAAGCUGCUUACAGCGGCCGAUCUACUGCUGGAUUAUGACACCAGCAGCGAGGCCGAAGAGGAAGGAGGCACCUUGGAGGGCCAGUUAUUUCCCGGAGAGCUCAAAGAAGACAUUCCCCGCGAUUCCGGCUGUUUUGAAGGGGCGGAGACCUCGGACAGCGGGAGGGAAGAAGACGGAAAGCUUGAGGAAGGGCUACCGUGCCAUUCUCUGGCCACUUUGGGCUGAGGGGAAGGCUCCUCCUCCUCCGCUCUCUGCAUCAGGAGGCCCGGUUGGCUGGCAAGCACAAGCCAUUGUUCCAGGAACAAGCCUUGGUUCCUCCCUACCCCGAAAGACAACUGCUUCAGGCCCAAAUGCUUCACAGCCGGCAAGUGCUGGCUGGUAAAUUAAAGAGAAGCUUCGGAUCCAGAAUCCUCCCUGAUCACUUGAACCAAAAGACUCCGCUGCCACACUCUUGCACGCCAGGGGCUCCUCUGCCAGAGUUCUGCCUGCGGCCAGCAGGCGCUACCUUGAGACUUCCUCAGAAGCCACCGGACUCGCCUCUGCCUCCGGGCGCCCCGGGCUUCUCUUGCAAAGGGUGCCUGCUUGCCCCCACCAGCUCUGCACGGUAUCUAAACACCAGCACCGAGAUGGAACCAUGAACUUCUGAAGGCAACCUCUGGAGCGUCUGGCUUCUUCCAUCCUCCCAUCACAGAGAAGAGGGUCCCAAGUCUGUGGUUGAGAAAGGCACGUGGGGGGGGGGACGGGGACGACUCUGCUCUGUUUCUUUUCCAGCAGAUCUGUUUUAUUGUAAAUAGCUAGGUUUCUUGCAGCUGAAGGACAGACAGGUGCAAUUUCUAAACUGGCUUACUCUGAGAAAUGGCAAGCACUCACUCCUAGUACCAAUCUUUCCAAUAAAGCACAUUUAUCUUCAGCGUAUAGAGCCGACCCUGCAUGUCUGUGUUGUUGUUUUUUUUAAAGAAAAACUAAAAGGUAAAAUAUUCCUC